UUAUUUUUUAGUGGAACUGUUCGACGCAAAGGAAGAAAUCCAAAUUUCCUUUUUAUUUAUAAAAAAAUGUUUCGAUAGAUAGCAGUCUUGAUGUGACUGCUAUGAGUUUAUUUGGUUACCACUAGAUUACAUCCAAGUUUGAGUUUCCUUCUGAACAAAUGGCAGAAAUAAAGAGACGAUAAAUAAAUAUGGACUCCUAACAUUCGAAAACUGAUUUAUAAACUGGUUUAACACACUCACGUCACAAAGUAUCAUCAACGAAUAUUUAUAAACACAGGAAGUACCCUACAUACCUACCACAGAUAAAUGGACUACUUAUUGAACACUAUCCGCAAGUUACGCAAUCCGUCAUUUCCGCAUAGAGGGAUGGAUGAAAAGAGUCAACGAAAAGUAAUUAGGUAAUCAUAAAUUGUGUAAACUAUACGAAAUUUGAAUAAAUAAAUACGUCGUUUAAAACAUGGAUGUGACGAAAAGGUUUAAGGAUCAUAAUUUGAAUGUUUUAAAGACAAUAGGACAAGGAACGUAUGGGAAUGUUUAUUUGUGCGAAAAUACAUUAAGUAAUAAUUUAAGCAUUGUAAAAGACAUUGAAUUAAAUGGAAAGAUCCAAGACCAUAAGCAGGAUAUAGCAAAUGAAGUAAACAUUUUGUCUGCGAUGCGACAUCCGAAUAUUAUAAGAUUUUAUGAAUGCUUUUACACUGACAAUCACGUAAUGAUUUCUAUGGAAUAUGCCACUAGCGGGAAUCUAGCAGAAUACAUGUAUCAACGUUAUCCAAAACUUAUAAAACAACAGGAAAUACUCUUCUACUUCAGUCAAGUGUUGCUUGGAGUAAACUACAUACACAAUUUAAAUAUUAUCCAUCGAGAUUUAAAGGCCGAAAACAUUUUAUUAACCGGAAAAAAUGGUCUUUUAGUUAAAAUUGGUGACUUUGGCAUUUCUAAAAUGCUUGCGAGCGCGAAAAAAACAUCAACUGUCAUUGGAACUCCGUAUUAUUUAGCCCCAGAACUAUGUGAAAGUAAGCCCUAUGAUACGAAGAGCGACAUUUGGGCUCUCGGAUGUUUACUCUAUGAGAUGUGUACCCACAAAAGAGCUUUCGAUGCAGAGUCUCUGGUCGGAUUAGUAAAGGCUAUAACAAAUGGGAGUGUCCACCCUAUUGACUUGACGGUUUACGAAAGAGGAAUGCAAGAUCUUAUAGAUGCAAUGCUAUCAAUUCUGCCAGAAAAACGUCCCUGUGUGAAAGAACUCAUGGGCAGAAAGGUAAUGCUGCCAAUAAUCUAUACAGUUUUCUUAGACGCUGGUAAUGAUCAACUGUUACUGUUGAGAGCCCAGAAGGAUUUCUUAGGAAUAGUAUAAUACUUAUUAUGAUUAUAAUGAUGUGACACCUGAUAACAGUCAUCUAUGCAAGUUGGCUAAAGUUAACUCAACAUAAUAUUGUGUAAUUAAUAUGAUUUAAGAUAUCUUAAUAAAUGUAAAAUUAUUAAUCAUAAAUGCAGGUGCUUUAUAUGAUUUGACAAAUAUUGAAAAUUUGAAAUAAAACUAUGACAUGCA